AUGUGCGCCUGCACCAAGAGACAAAAAAAGGUGUCCCCUAGGCAACCAUCUAAUCCUGAUAAAGAGAAAGAAAUGAAUCCAUCUGAACUUGAUAGAGAGAAAGAAAGGCAACCAUCUAAACCUGAUAAAGAGAAAGAAAUGAAUCCACCUAAACCUGAUAAAGAGAAAGAAAUGAAUCCACAUAAACCUGAUAAAGAAAAAGAAAGGAAUCCACCUAAACCUGACAAAGAGAAAGAAAGGAAUACACCUGAACCUGAUAAAGAGAAAGAAAACAUUUACCUGUUGGCUCUGACCUCCCAGACUGUAGGGGGCACUAUUGAGACGCUAUGUGUAACGGUCUACCCCUUUGGACCUGUUUCACUGAAAGUGAACCUGGAGUACAACCAAAACAGUGUCACUCUUCUGAUGGAAAAGUCUAUAACAGAAGAAUACUACCGUUGUAUCCCAUUCCAGGUUCCUGUCGUAACCGUGGAAUUGGUGGCAUUUAUUAAGAUUGAGAUUAAAGGAUUAAAAACAAUCCUAAACAAGGCAACAAAGAUCCUCAUCAUACCUCCAAAACACCUGACCAUCAUUCAGACGGACAAACCCAUCUACAAACCAGGACAAACAGUGAAGUUCCGCAUCGUCUCUCUGGACACCAAUUUCCUCACCUACGAUCAGAAGUUUCCGACAAUAGAAGUGCAGGACCCAAACUCAAACCGCAUUGGUCAGUGGCUGAAAGUCACCACAUACAGCGGUCUUGUGGAUUUGUCAUAUCCCAUAAACUCUGAGGCCACAAAAGGAUUUUAUGUCAUCACUGUCUGGGAUGAGAAAAACAAAAAGUUCACACAAACCUUUGAAGUCAAGGACUACGUUCUGCCAACAUUUGAAGUUACAGUAGAGCUUCCUCCAGUCUUAACCAUCCUGGACACGAAUGCCAUGCUGAAAGUGUGUGCAAAAUACACAUACGGGAAGCCGGUGAACGGGAUAGUGAAGUCCAGGGUUUGCCAUAACAGUUACAGAUACGGGCGGCUCCAGCAAGGGGUCACCAAACCACCUGACAUCUGCAAGAAUUAUAAAAUGAAGACUGACAAGAAGGGCUGUGUACUACACAUCUUAAAUCUGAAAGAAUAUGCAUUAACAGAUCCACGCUAUGACGCAUCAAUCAUAGCUCAGAGUGAAGUGGAAGAAGACGGCACUGGUGUGAUUCUGAAUGGUUCACGCAGCUCUCCUAUAACAUCUAAUAUUGUCACGCUUUCAUUUGAGGAUUCACCAACAACAUUUAAGCCUGGAAUGCCAUAUGAAGGAAAGAUUAAAGUGACCGGCCCAAACUCCAGUCCUAUGAAAAGAAAAGUAGUGUUUCUGACUGUAAGUAAGGCUAAUAAUAUAAAUUCAGUCCAGAAGCUGGUUACAAAUGACAAAGGCAUCGCAAAACUUUCCCUCGACACUGAACCAUGGGGUCUGGAGCAAGUCUCUCUUCAGGCCCAGUAUGAAACGACCAACAGACCAGAGGUAAAUGGGGGAAAUCAGCUCACACCAUACUACCCCACAGCCUACCUCUGGCUUCAGCCUUUCUACUCCAAGAGCCGGAGUUUUAUUAAAUUGAAGAGCUGUGCGAUGCCUGUGAGCUGCAAUAAAAACAGCAUCAUCAGGGCUCAGUACAUUAUACACCACAGCGCACUCAUGCCAAACCAGAAGACCUUAUCCUUCUUCUACAUGGUAAUGAAUAAAGGACAUUUGGUUCAACAAGGACAUAUCAUAGAAGCCAUCAACCCUGGAACAGAGCACAGGGGCAACCUGGUGGUGACUCUGCAGAAGACGCUAAAGUUGUCCCCGGUUGCUCAGGUGGUCAUGUACACAGUCCUUCCCAGUGGUGAGGCCUUGGCAGACAGCAAAAACAUCCCCAUUCAGCUGUGUUUGGCUAACAAGGUGUCUCUAAAGUUUUCACCGACUAUGGAACUUCCUGGUGGUCAGGUGUCACUGAUGCUGAGAGCGUCUCCAGGUUCGCUCUGUUCAGUGAAGGCAAUAGAUCAGAGUCUGCUGCUGCUGCAACCAGAGAAAGAGCUCAACAUCCAAUCUGUGUUCAACAUGCUUCCUGUCCAGAUGUUGUCAGGAUAUCCGUACAACAUCUAUGAUGAUGAUUCGAAUCCAUGCAGGGCGAUCCAACCCAUCAGGAAUAUUGAAUUCGCAGCACAAGCCUCAAAAUUGAUUGGUUUUUUUCCAAACACUGGAAAGGUGGAUGUGUACAACACCUUUAAAUACGUUGGAAUUAAAGUCCUCACCAAUGCAGAAGUAAAUAAACCUUCAGAUUGUUUUUUGCGGCGUGAUGCAGAAGACAAAGAAACCGCAUCAGUUGGCUCAAGUUCAAAUCAACUAGUCAUUACGAUCCGCAAAUAUUUCCCGGAAACAUGGAUUUGGGAUCUCGUUUCAAUCAGUCAGUCUGGAGCGAUGACCAUUAAUAAAACAGUCCCGGACUCCAUCACUACGUGGCAGGCUGGCGCAUUUUGUACAUCACCUGUCGGGUUCGGAGUCGCCCCAAAAACUGAACUCACUGCCUUCCAGCCAUUCUUUGUGAGUCUCACCAUGCCGAGCUCUGUCAUCCGAGGAGAAGUGUUCACACUCAAAGCCACUGUCUUCAACUACCUCCAAAGCUGUAUGAUGGUGAAGGUGACUUUGGCAAACUCACGACAAUUCUCAGCGCAAGUGUGUGUAGACUGCAGUUACACACAAUGUCUGUGUGCUGAUGAGAGCUGGACCUUCUCAUGGACCAUCACACCACUGGUUCUGGGGGAGGUGAGCAUCAACGUGACAGCGGAGGCCGUGCAGUCGUCAUCUCGGUGUGGAGAGAGUGAAGUUACUGUACCAGAGAAAGGACGCAUCGAUUCAGUCAUUAAAACACUGCUAGUGCAGGCUGAAGGAAUCAAACAGUAUAAAAGCUACAAUGAGCUUCUCUGCCCACCAGAAAGUGUAGUUAAGAAGAUGGUCUCACUAACCCUGCCCAAGGUAUUCGUGGAGGGUUCGGCCGUGGCUUCAGUCUCUGUGCUGGGAGAUCUGAUGGGCAGAGCUCUAAAGAACCUGGCGAGUCUCCUGGCGAUGCCGUACGGCUGUGGAGAGCAGAACAUGCUGCGCUUCGCCCCCAACAUCUUCAUCCUGCAGUAUCUGGAGAGCACCAACCAGCUCACACCUCAGAUCAGAAGCACAGCUGAGACCUACCUCAUAAGCGGAUAUCAGAGAGAGCUGACUUUCAAACAUACUGAUGGAUCUUACAGUGCUUUUGGGAUGAGCGAUGCAUCAGGCAACACAUGGCUGACGGCGUUCGUGAUGAAGUCUUUCGGGAAUGCGAAGCGAUACAUCUUUGUAGAUCAGGUGUUUGUGGAUCAGGCGAAGGCCUGGCUCGGUCAACGUCAGCAGGCUAACGGAUGCUUUGCCUCAGUGGGACAACUCUUCCACACCGACAUGAAGGGAGGAGUGAAUGAUGAGGUGACCCUCUCAGCUUACAUCACGGCUGCAAUGCUGGAGCUCAAUUACACAAUUACAGAUCCUGUGGUAAAAAAAGGUCUUAUGUGCCUGAGGAAUGCGUUCACUCAGGUGACCUCCAUCUACACCAAGGCUCUCCUCUUCUACACCUUCACACUAGCUGGAGAUCAGGGGAUGAGGAACACACUCAUCUCCAACCUGGAUGCAAAUGCCAUAAUUUCAGGGGGCGGGCGGCACUGGAGCAGAGUGAAUGAUCGGUCAGUGACGGACUCUUUAGAAGUGGAGAUGACCUCGUAUGUGCUCCUGGCUCUGAUGUCUGGACCCGAGCUGUCUGGGUUUGGUCUGGGUUACAGCAUCAGCAUCGUCCACUGGCUUUCUCAGCAACAGAACGCCUUCGGGGGCUUUGCGUCUACACAGGACACUGUUGUAGCUCUCCAGGCUCUGGCGAAAUACAGUUUCGCCACCUACAGUCCAGCAGGAACUGUUACUGUUACUAUAACAUCACCAUCAGGGCUGAUUACCACAUUUACCAUCACUCAGAGUAACAGGCUGCUGUAUCAGGAGAGACAGCUGAAGGAGGUUCCUGGAGAUUACAACAUCAAAGCAGAAGGACAAGGCUGUGUGUACGUGCAGUUCAAUCUGCGCUACAACAUCCCUCCUCCUCCUGACCGCUCUUCAUUCAUCAUCUCGGCCUCAGCAUCUGGAAACUGCAAAGUCCCAAAUCCAUCUCUGGAAUUGACCAUUACUGUCACAUAUAAGGGUCAGCGUUUGGAGACCAACAUGGUGGUCAUCGAUGUCAAGCCUCUUUCUGGAUUCAGGGUGGACGAGACGUCAGUGCAGCGUGUGAACAGCAAUUCAAAGUCAACUGACGGAGCAGUAAAACGUGUGGAUAAAAUUGAUGGCAGAGCAAUCAUCUACCUGAAUGGACUGGCAAAUGGAGAGGAGAAGGUGUACACCCUGAAGAUUGUGCAGGACCUUCCAGUGGAGAACCUGAAACCAGCUGUUGUGAAAGUUUACGACUACUACGAGACCAGUGAGAGUGCUGCUACUGCGUACACCUCUCCAUGUAAGAGUUUGGACAUGAACCCAGCAAGAGCCCAGCAAGAGCUUUUAUCUCCCAUUUGACUUAUUUUUAUGGGAAUUCACUGGGUAGCUUACAGUUAUCAACAUAUCAAAACCUUUCCAUUUCACAAAAGUUCAGUAAUUCAUUAAUUGAUUUUUGAUUUUCUGUUUGAUUUUACCCCCUUUCUUCUUGUUAUUAUGCUCAACUUCAAUUAUCAAGAUAUAUCUGUUGUUAAGAAAGAUGUCUAUUUCUCGCUAAUAUAUAAUCUACUCUAUAAAUCAAGACAAAAUGAUAAAAAUGUUGAUAAAAAUCAACCUCAGCCAAAUCAGUAAAAUAAUUUUGUUCUGAUGAACUUGGAAGAUGACAAAUUACCAAAAGUAAUUACACUUAUAAACUAAACAUGAUUUAAUUGCUUUCACUGAUCAAACAGCAUACUGUGAAUGUACCGUUUCCAGUGUAAAUCCUUAUAUUUUUCUUUAAGUGCUAUAUAUCAUCUUUAGAUUUUGUAAUGUUAGAACAAAGUUUUAAGUACUAAAACCUGUGUAAUCAUAUUUAGCUUCUCUGUAUUUGCUGAUUUUCUCCACAAGGUGGCAGGGUUUUAACUUCCCUGCAGCUUCACAAUUCAAAACCUUAUUCUUCUCAUUUCUGUCUUUGAAAUCUUAUCUGAAUCUCAUGAACAAGUUAAAUGCUGCAAAUGAUAAUGCCAAAUGG